AGGGUUUUCUCUAUAUAUAUUGCCCUCGCGUACUUCUCUUUUCAUCUUACGCUUGUUUUCUCCUUUCAUCAUCCGAGGUAGUGCAAUGAACAAUGGCUCUACGUGGAUGCCGAACUGUAACUGGAGUGGCUGCACGUGGAGUGGCCGGGUACGAAUAUCGUUAUCGUUUCUCGAUCGAUGAAGAAGAUGAAAUAGCUAAAUUGUAUAAAUUCCAAAUCCACCGUGGGAAGAAAACCUACCUCUUCGAGAUCAGAACGAGCUUCGUCAUCAAGACAAUCGACGGUCAAGAGCAUAUUAUGGACUCGGAGAGAUACGACGCCCGAGUAUAUGAUGAUAGUAACGAAUACGGUUUUAUGAUGAUGGUGGAGCAUCGGCUCGCAGAUUAUUGGAUGACCAAGGAUGAAAUUAGUACGUUUGUCCACGAGACUUGCGAUUUCGCCUUUCAAAUAGGCAAAGAUCCUAAAAACGAAUCUCGAUUACUAAUCCCUGUAGUUAUCCACCUUGACGUUUGCACAGUGCAGCAAGAAAACGAGUCGGUUGACUCAGUCAACAACCGAGCCAUCAGGGAGCAAAAUUUGAUCCCGUUUUACGUUUGGCCGAAAGCGACGGGUGUGGAUCGGGGGAAGUUUAAUAAUUAUCUUCAACUUUUUUGUUUGAAUCUGGUUAUGGCAAGGGCUAAUGUUGGAGAUGUUGUUGACCAUAGAUCGGGGAUGAGGCCUAGGGUUAGGGUUGAGGAUGUCGAAGAGGGAAUGGCGAUUAUGCCCCUCUGUGAUAUAUGUUUGCGGGGCCCGAUGAUCGGGACGUAUGUAUCGUGGCUCCCUUCGUGCAAUCAUGCGUUUCAUUUACAUUGCAUUGUGAGAAGGCUGCUGAUCGAAGACAACCACUUUUGCCCUACUUGUCAAGUUCGUGCUUAUCCGUUUAUUCCUCCGAGAUUUACUCAGCCACCACGUGCUUGAAAAACAAGGGAGAGAGUCUGCAAGUUUUUUUUUUUUUUAAUUAGUGUUUAUAAUCUAAACUUAUGUAUUUUUUAAACUUAUGUAUUUUUUAAUUAGUAUUUAUAAACUAAACUUAUGUAGGAACAUUCGAUCCGAGUUUCAAGUUUAAGUUAACAGUGUGAUUGAACAGA